AUGAUGCAGUCAUUUGUUUCGGUCCUUUGUUUCUUUGCCUUGCUUGCGCAAGUCUCGGCAUGGGGCCCGCGCAAAUCGGACCAUGGGCCCCCAGGUCACUAUGGAGGCCGACAUAGGCAUGGUGCUAGCUUCACUCCGGACUUCGUGUUGAGGAUGACCUACGAAAACGUUUCAAUAGGUUGUCAGACACGAGCGUCCGUGCUGGUCAAUGGCACAUUGGUCGGGCCACCGCUCAGGCUCAAGCCCGGGCGAAGGAGUUGGAUCAGAGUUUACAAUGAUAUGGAGCUUUACAAUGCCACCAUUCAUUGGCACGGCUUGAGCAUGCGCAUGGCACCUUUCUCUGAUGGCAGCCUGGUCAGCCAGUGGCCCAUUCCACCUCAUCAUUUCUUCGACUACGAGGUCUACCCCCUGUCAUCCGAAGGCGGCAUGACCACCUUCUAUCACUCUCACGUCGGCUUCCAGGCGAUGACGGCUUCUGGGCCAUUGAUCGUUCUGGACAAGCCUGAGCCCCCCUACGCUUAUGAUGAGGAGAGAAUCGUCUUUCUUACCGACUACUUCAACAAAACGGACGAGGAAAUCGAGAAGGGGUUGGUGGCGACGCCAUUUACCUGGUCUGGCGAAACGAAUGCGGUUCUCCUCAAUGGUGUCGGAGUCUCUGUUGGUGAAACAGCUGGAAGUGGCAGCUGCAAGUUGCCAGUAAUCGACGUCAAGCCUGGGAAAACCUACCGUAUGCGCUUUAUUGGUGCCACAGCCCUGUCUAUGGUACAGAUGGGCAUCGUGGAUCACGACAACUUCACCAUCAUCGGGGCAGACGGCCACUACACCAAGCCUCAUACCGAGAAGUUCAUGCAGUUGACUUCAGGGCAACGAUUUGACGUCAUCUUCAAGACCAAGAGCGAAUCAGAGCUGAACGGCAAAACCGACUACCUCAUUCAACUGGAGACCAAGGACCGUCCGAAGGUGUAUCACGGCUACGGUGUGCUACGCUACUCCAAGGCACACCCCCAAAUCACCACAGCGCCAGCUACACCUCCUUUGGCGCUUUCUAAUAAGACCUAUGAAUGGGCAGAGUAUGCCUUGGAACCGCUGGUGCCCAACAACUUCCCCCAGGCGAGUGAAGUGACACGACGCAUCGAUAUCGACAACCGUCAACUCGCUACUCAAACUACCCUUUGGCAGCUUAACGGGCUGCAGUGGAACGACACUUCGUCACCCUAUCCAGGAGAUCGACCCUACUUGGUCAACAUUUACGAGAACGGACCAUCGGCCAUUCCGAAUUACACAGCAGCCAUUAACAAUUACGGCUGGGAUCCGACUACGUUGACUUGGCCGGCCAAAUUGGGCGAGGUUAUCGAUAUCAUUUGGCACAACACUGGAUCCCUCGUCAACGGUAGUGGUAGCGGUGGCGUCGAUUUCCAUCCCUUCCAUGCCCAUGGCGGAGCUUUCUUCGACCUUGGCAGUGGAAAUGGGACAUACGACCCCUUCGAGAACGAGAAGCGGCUGAAAAAUUACAAUCCGGUCAAGCGAGACACCACAAAUCUCUACCGAUACGGCCCGAAGACAAGGUCUGGCGGUGAAUCUGGAUGGAGAGCCUGGCGUCUGCGCGUGGAAGACGCAGGCGUUUGGAUGAUUCACUGCCACAUUUUGCAACACAUGGUGAUGGGCAUGCAAAGUGUCUGGGUGAUGGGAGAUUACCAAGACAUCACGGGCAUCCCCCCUGUUGAUGCGGCUGGGUAUUUGCAAUACGGGGGAAAUGUGAAUGGCAACGCCACUUUCGCACCAUCAGUUGUGCACUUCUUUGAUGAGGAUACAUAG